AUUCCUUCCACCGCAAAUCAACCGCCCCGUCCGCGUCCCCGACCCGAUUAACCCUACCUUCCGCUCGAUUCCACUCCCCUUCCCUCCUCUUCUCCCCCCGCUCGUCGGGUCCGGAGCAAGCAGCGCCACCGACGCACAUCAUAGCAAUGGCGGCCGCGCUGAGGAGGGCCGUCGCGCAGCGCUUCGCGUCGGCGGCGGCGCCGCAGCAGGCCUACGGGAUGCCCCGCCGCUUCAUGCAGGAGCGCCCCGCCUUCCGCCCCGCCGUGCCCCCGGACGUCGGCUUCAUGCCCCUGGCCGACCGGAUCCGCGACCACCUAGGCGUCUCCUUCCCGCGCAUCAACCUCGACGGCCUCGUCCCCCCCGCCCCUGCCCGGCCCCAGCACCAGACGAGGGAGGCCGCCGCGGUGGUGGGCAGCCUCACGGUGGAGGAGGCGCGGAAGGUGCUGCGCGCCACGCAGAUGGAGGCGGCGCGCGCGCGGGUGCGGGCGUCCCGCGAGGGCACCGUGCCCUACGCCGAGUUCCUGCGCCUCUGCUGCGACGCCGCGGGCGCCGACGACGGGCCCUCCGUCGCGCGCGCGCUCGACGAGUCCGGAUCCGUCAUCGUGCUCGGCAGGACCGUCUUCCUCAGGCCCGAAAUGGUUGUGAAAGCAAUUGAGAAGGCAAUACCCAUACCGCGAGGGCUAUCUGUUGCUGAGAAUCACCCUGCAAGGGAGGAGCUGAAGGCCAUGGAGGCCCAGAAGGUAGACAUCGACCGCAUGGCGACGCUCCAGGUGCGGCGGGAGCUGUGGGGAGGGCUGGCUGCCCUGGCCCUCCAAACGGCCGGCUUCAUGAGGCUCACAUUCUGGGAGCUCUCCUGGGACGUCAUGGAGCCCAUCUGCUUCUUCGUGACGUCGACGUACUUCAUGGCCGGCUACGCCUUCUUCCUCCGGACCAAGAGGGAGCCGUCGUUCGAGGGCUUCUUCCAGAGCCGUUUUGUGGUGAAGCAGAAGCGUCUGAUGAAAGCCCGGGAUUUUGACGUCCGCCGGUACAGCGAGCUCCGGCUAGCCUGUGGCCUCCCGGCGCUACACCCUCAGAGCCCCUGCGCGUCCUCGCAGGAGAGCCACCACCAUUGCCAUUCUCACUGCCAUUGUCAUUGAUGUGUUGCUUGGAAUUUUUUGUGCCCAUUUGAUGUGGCUGCUGCUGCUGCUUCAUGUACCGUUGUGGAAUGUGGAUGCGAAGCAUACUCAUUGACGAGAUCAGAUUCGGAUUUUAAACUCGAAA